AUAUGUCAUGUUCCUGAGCUCGUCAUGCCUAGCGCCGGCAUUAGUCUGCCUUCCGUUCGCAUCUCGCAGAUGAUCGACACCCUGAACGGGCGCGGUGGCGCAUUUUAAUAUUGAGCCUUUUGCUUGUUUCGGUUUGGCAAUGACCCGGAUGUAGAUCUGCUGCGUCAAUGGCGGCAUAAAUAGAUCUGCUGGCCGGCACUCUGCUGCCCGUUCGCACCCACCUCGACGUCCCUCUCCUCCCUCCACAACACUCAUCCAACACCAUGCAACUCCUCCCCGUCUCCCUCGCCCUGCUCGGCACGGCCAUGGCCAUCCCGCAAUGGGGAGGCCCCGGCUGGGGUGGGCCAGGCGGCAGCAGCGGCCAAAACUCCGCCUGCAGUCAAGCCGUCAUCGCGCUGGCGACCGGCAUCCAUCUCAACAUCGAGGGCCAGUACGGCGAAUACAACGCGACGCUCAACGUCAUCACCGUCGAGUCCAGUACGCCCGUCAACAUGGAGGCCUUCUACAUCGCCAAGGGCGAGCUGAUGGCCAAUGUGCAGGCCGGGAUGAACCUGCGGCUCUUCAACCAGCAGAUUGCCCCGCCGGGCAACGCGGCUAUCCCGGGCCUUGCGAAGUAUCAAGCUGCCGAGGAGACGGAGAAGGCGCUGGCCGCGGGGUUGACGGGCAAUCCGGCGACUGAUAAGGCUGCUUUGGAUAGCUUGAAGAGCGAUAUCAUGGCUGGCAUUAAGUUGAAUGAGAACAAUCUCGCGGAUGCUGUCGAAGGUUGCGACUUCACUCUGGCCUUCCCUCCGGCCGAUGAGAUGGGCUCGUAAGGUGACGCAUGCCGCAUACAAAAGAAGAUACUUGUACAUAAUGUGUCUGCUUGAUAUCAUAGCAGCCUAAUCAACCGAUGGGCUCAUCCGUCGUCCACUCGAAUACCCGUGUUCGAGAACGAUCUACCCCA